AUGAAAUUAGUAGAUGAGUCACCACACAAUGUUCCCGGAAGAGUCCCUUGUGUUUUGAUUCUCAUUCUCAUAAGUGACCCCCUCCCUCCCUCCCUCCUAUUAAUGCGACCACUGAGGCUGUUUCAUGUUUCUUUAGCUAGUCCCUACAGGAGCCUGGACUGAACCCAGAAUUUAAGUAAACCCAGCUAUAUGUAUUUAUAUAACCUUGUUGAUUAGUGCAUCCUGUUUCUUUGAUUUUAGAGGAAAGGCGCAGAGAACGCAAGUUCUAUAAAGAUAGGCAGAUACCAUAUCCAGUCCCCAGAGGUUUUUCCGCUUAUUUUAAGAAAUGAUAAUAUUAUUAUCUAUUAUUGUCAGUGCUUAAAAUAAUAGUAUUAAAAUCUCUUUUGUUUCUUUUUGGUCUGACCCUGCUCCAACUACAUGCAUUUCAAUUUAAUUGCUAUAAUGUGAGGUCAAGAAAAUGUUUCAUAAAUUGCAAUUUAAAUUUGUUGUUUUUGCUCUUUACAUGUACAUCACUAUCCAUACAGUCAUUUUUUAGAUUAUUUCUAUGGCUCUCGUGUCCAUCGCAUGUAACGCAGAACGGAAUUAUGUAACAAACAGAAGGUGGUGUCAAGAAAUAAAACUUAUUAUUGAUAGUUCUGUUUUUUAUUGUUUGUUUGUCUUUUUUCUGUUGUAGCUUGUCAGGCUUUAUCUGUACCAGGACCAUCAAAUGCCGUCAAGAAACAAACAGCAUCAUUACCCAAAAAAAUAAGCAAACCAAAAGUAACAAAAAACUAUCAUAGAACAGAUGAACAAAUCUCUCUCCAACUUGAGACUUUUUAGGUUAGUGAAAUAAUUGAUGAAUUAAUUUGUGAUUAAACCCUGCCUUUUAAUAGUUGUGAGAUGGAGGCUGUGUGGCAGAGUGGUUAACACCUCAAACUCUGGAUCUGGAGGUCUGGGGUUCAAGCCUCACCUGUCCCCUUGUUUCCUUAGACAAGGAACUCUACUCCACUUUGUCUCUCUUCACCCAGGUGGUUAAAUGGGUACCAGCAGCAUACUGCUGGGGGGAAGGGGGGGGUUUCCCUGUGAUGGACUAGCAUCCCAUCCAGGGGGGAGUAGCAAUACUCUGAGGCAUGCAUCAUUCUAAGGAAACCAGAUUAAGCUCCUGCUGUUUGGGCCUUUGGCUCGUGUGCGCCUUUUACCUUACUUUUUUACCUUAGUUGCGAGAUGAAGUGAUACACCUGUAUAGAUUAUUUAACUAGGCUUAAGAGAGCAUGAAACUGUCUGUAAGAUAACAUUGUUUCCAUAAAUGAAUACCUGGAAAAGAUGUAACAAAAUUAAUAAUGUACACCAAAAGCCACUGCAAGAUGUUCACUUCUUUUUUUGACCAAAUAGAAUGUUAUCAGACAGUGUACAGGGCUGUGCUCUAGCAGAGCCCGGUGACCCCUGGCGCCUAACUUUUGCCCUCGGGAAACUAGAAAAUCUCAGAUUUUUCAUACAAAUCAUAUGCUGGGCACCCUAGAUUUUACAGUUUCAGAGGACUGGGCUCCCUUCCAUUUUCCUUGAAGCACAGCCUUGGUGUAAUAGCAAGUUCGCCCAGGGGUGGUUUUUAUUAUAAACUGGGUUCUGCUGUAUACGUGUAUUAUGUACUAAAUUGAGUUCAAGGUAAGUACUGUGAGUUACAGACCAAGUUUUUUUGCCAUCGAUUUAUGGCCGCUUUGUAAAGUGGAUUGGCCAUAAAUCAAUGGGGAAAAUGAGGAUCUGUAACGUUAAGUAUGGACUGAGAUUAUGAGGCAGAGGUUAAUUGGCAUGUGGGAAAGGGAACAUGUUAGGGCAGUAUACUGAAAUAUGGCCAGCAACAUUCACCAAUCACAGUGCAUGUACUUACUAGGAGAUAUUAUAUGCGUAAGAAACAUCUACUGAUAAAUUAACUGGUGUUUAACUCCAGCCCUCCUGUCUGAAUACAUCACCCAAAGAGCUGAUAUCAUGUGUGUUAAGAAGAAUAAAAUAAAAUAGGUUUCAAUUAGAUUAUUGCAUUAUACAGUAUAGCUUACAUGCCAGAUGUAAAUUGUCCAUGUAAUUAGCACUGUUUUGUGGACUUUUUUCUGGAAGUAUCUAGCCAGCUCUGCCAGUGCGCACUCGGGUGGCAUUGCUUGCUUGUAGGCUCAAAAAUAGCGCUAUAUAAAUCAAGUGUAGUGUAAUGUAAUGUAUAAAAUAUAUAACUAGAUAUUACUAUUACUAACUAUACCUAACUUCAUUUCUGUGUGGCUGGAUGAUAAUGUUAUUGUUUAAUUGUUAAAAUUGCAGAGAUGGAAGUGGUGGCCCAGCAAAAAUACAGGUAAAUGUUAACGUUGUUUCUUUUUUAGUUUUGAAAUAGGUCAAUGAGAAGCCAUUGGAGUCUCAUAAAGUCACUUGUAUGCAAUAUUGAACAAAUCAGUAUUGACGAAAGUUGAAAUAAAAGCCCAAUUGAUGCACUCUGGCUGCACUUAUUUGCACCAUAAAUGUAUAUGUGUUGUUGUUAGUUGUUGUUUUUGAAUGGCUCGCUACUCUCAAAAGGGCAAGGAGGGGGGUUUAGAACUUAAAGAAUGUUAUCAAAAGGGAAAAACGUAUGCAGCGUUUAGGGAAUAAAUGGGAGUGAACGUUUUAUUUAUUGGUUGAUUGACUGAUUGAUUGAUUGAUUGAUUGAUUGGUUGAUUGAUUGACUGACUGAUUGAUUGAUUGACUGAUUGAUUGAUUGAUUGAUUGGUUGAUUGACUGACUGAUUGAUUGACUGAUUGACUGGUUGAUUGAUUGAUUGAUUGAUUAAUUGAUUGAUUGAUUGCAGCCACUUCAGAAGAAAUACAUGAGACUCUCUACUCAAGUCACCAUUGGCUUAAUACAAAGAUUUUUGGACUCUAAACUACACUUGGAAUCUGCGAACAUGGUAAAAAUAUUGCAGUUUAGUUUGUCUCUUUUAAACCUAAAUCGCUGCUCGUAAGACGCUUUGCGCCAAAAGUGAAACGCGCCUACCUGAAGUCGAAACACGCUUAUCAUAUCACUUCAUUUACACCCGUAUUCCAGACUUUUUCUUUUUACCAGUGCUCGCAUUCAUGGCCAACGCAAAAUACAGCUGUUUUGCUGUAUACAUAUGUGGCCAGAAAUGGUGAUGGUGGAAAAAACAAAACAAAACAAAACAAACAGUCACAUUAUUAGAGACCCAAGAGAUAGAUAAUGAAGCCAGGGAAAAUUUCUAAAAGCAGAGGGUAAGAAAUGGGUGCCGUUGAGUUUUUUCCCUUUUGGGACUGUUCUUCGCCUUACUACAAAUUCGUGCUUGGCUCUAUGAGGAUGACAAAACGCAUGAUUUUUACGCUGUGUAUAGAUUGCAACUGGCAGUCCGCCUUUGAAUCCGUCGAGUUCUCUUCCGUGGGCAUACGCCCUCGUUUAUCGCGGCUUGCGUCUGCGUCGCCUGCCGCUCGCGUGCCACGGUUUAGCGUGGAUUAACUGAAAAGUGAAAUAAGAUACUACGCGCACAGUUUACUCUGUCCAGUAUUUAGACGCCAAAUUUAUUUGGUCGACGAGUCUUCUGAUCGGAUAGUGUAGAUAUUAGUUGUCCUUGAUCACAAGUUCGUUAUACAACUGAUUGAUUCGCUUGAAAAGUAUAUACCAUGAACGAUGGGACCUAUUGGAUUUAUUGGUAGAAUUUUAUCACCGUUGCAAAUUUAGAGUUCUUUCCAGAAAAGUAUACAUGCAUGAUUAUCGAUGCUUUUCGCGACGGGAAGCUCGCAUCUUCACCUUUGGCGGGCACUUCAGUGAGAUGUCUAUGGUUAAAGAGGGUAGCCAUAUUGCUAACCCACUCUUGACCCAAAAGCGUUCUUGGAAGACAUAAAAAGACCACGGCAUGCUAUAAAAAAAUUACCCUAGGCAUUUGCAUCUGCACCAGCUGCUCGUGACAAUGAACCCUCUGUUGAAAGAAGUUUGAAUUCACUUUGCUCUAGAAGUAUACCCUUAUCGUUGAUGGUUUAUACUUUUUAAGCGACAGUUUUUCAAUGAGGUAUAUUCAAUGUAAUUCACACGCUUGCUAAUGACAUGUCUCCUGUUAGGUUGGUAUCCUGUUUGAAAAGACGGAAAUGGGGAAAGAUUUAACGCUAAAAUACAUCAUCGAAAAUCUCUAGACCCAAGAGGUAUGGUUAUUAUUUUUUUUUAACUAAGGGCUUGUUUACAUGGAGGUGGGGGACCCCAGGUAGGUGAGGUAACAUGUGGCAGGUUACCUCACCUACCUGCGGUCCCCACUCCAUGUAAACAGGUCCUUAAUUUUUGCUGACUAUUAAGGUAACGUUACACGGGACAAUUGGCAACGACGAUUUUUAGCGCAAUACAUUGUUGCGAUAUUGUUUUGAAUGGUUGCAGCAUUGUUUCAACAUUGCCACGCUUUGUUGCGCUAAAAGUCGUCGUUGCGUAUUGUCCCGUUACCUCUAGUCUUCUAUGCUGCCCUUUAUGAGGGACUUAAAGAUCCGACGACGGUGAAAACGCCGCAGAAAAACUGAAUUCCCGUUUUUUUAAUCUUCAUCGCGAUCAUUCCAAUCUACUUACUUUCCCCUGAAAUUGAAUUCUUAAGAACCAUAUCCAAGUUCAGAAAGAGUAGGAAAAUCUCCUCUUCGCUUGUUUACGCCCUCCAUAUAACGUGAAGUUAGGCAUUUUCACGUGCAGUGAAGACGGCAAAGAAAUUGCCCUGGAUGCCCUAGAAUUUUUUCAUCCUAGGUCAUUUCGAGGGCGGACUUCUGGAGCCAGGAUCCAAAACGAAGUGUUCUUUACAUGCAAAGUUGUUGUUUUGCUUAUUAAAGGAGCUAUGUCACGAGGAUAUUGUUGUUUAAGGUCCAUUUCUCGCUGAAGUCAUAACUUAGUGCCUUCACCCAAACACAAAAUGCUCCCGUAGAAUCAGUUAUGAAGAAGAUGUCAAACAAAUUUGACCAGGGAGCACCAACCAUAAUAAUUAAUUGUUUUGUGAUUUUUACAGGCAUAGCAUUAAAACUCGAAAAAGUUGGCCUAACUUUUUUAAGUUUCAUUCCAUGUGUUCAUCCUUGCCAUUGCAUCCUUAGCAACAGACGAUGGGAAAUAGUUUCAGUGCCUGAAUAAAGUCAUAAAUAACAAAACUGGACCUUUAUUUUUGCGAAGACAUAGUCCCUUUUAACCUGAUGCUUUUUUGAGGUUCUCGUUGCCUUCGUCGUCGUUGCAGGACCUCAAGGUCUAUUAAGUCAUGCAAUGCAACUCCCUACAGGAGAAAGAAGCUGCCUUGUACCCAGUCGUCUCUCUCUUGAUGAAAAUUUGCGCGCAAAGGAAGGCGGGAAGCAACCUCGUUCCCAGGGUUCUCUCCUACCUGUCCCUCUCUCGCUCCGUAGGGACGGGUAGGACAGAACCCUGGGAACGAGGUUGGGUCGGAAGGAGAAAACGCGCGAGAUUUCGCCUCUCUUCUUUCUUCUGUUCCUUUGCCCUUUGUCACCAGUCACUCGCGUGUCACUCGCGUUUCGCGCUUGCGUCUCCUCGAAAAACGAGGCGCCUUAGGAGAGGCAGAGAAAGAAGUGUUCCGAGCCUUUUUUACUCGCACUCACAACAUUUUUUUCCAUUUCAGGAAAAUUCUUCUGGACUACUGAUUCCACAUUACAGAGCAGUGGAUGUAAAAACCUGACUCAUCGGGCAGUGCAUG